AUGCGCCCGGCGGCGCCCGGUCGCCGGCCGGGGGGCGGUCCCCCGCCGGCCCCACCCCCGGCCCCGCCCGCCCACCCCCGCGACCCCCCGCCGCCGCCCGCCGCCCGCCCGGAGGCGGACGGGGAGAGCGGCGAGGGGCGGAGGGAGGUUCUUUUCAACUUUCCCUUACGGUACUUGUUGACUAUCGGUCUCGUGCCGGUAUUUAGCCUUAGAUGGAGUUUACCACCCGCUUUGGGCUGCAUUCCCAAGCAACCCGACUCCGGGAAGACCCGGGCCCGGCGCGCCGGGGGCCGCUACCGGCCUCACACCGUCCACGGGCUGGGCCUCGAUCAGAAGGACUUGGGCCCCCACGAGCGGCGCCGGGGAGUCGCGUCUCGGAGGGCCCGAGGGAGGGGGCGAGGGAGCCCGCGAGGAGGGGCCCGAGAAGGGGGAGACGCGGAGGCCCGCGGCCGACCGCCCCGGGCCCCCCGCUUCCCCGCGCACACGCGGCACCCCGACCGACCGACCCCCCCCCGCCCCGACUACCCGUCGCCCCUCCGGGAGGAGGAGGCGGCGGCGUCGGCGGCGGCGGCGGCGGCCGGCGGCGGCCGGCGGGCGGAGAGGGAGGGGCCGAGGCGGGGCGGGGAGCACGAGCCGGCUGCCACGGGACGGACGGGGCGCGGGACGGCGGAGAGGCUGGACGCGGGGGAGAGGGUCGGGGCACGCGCGGGCGCCGAAGCCCGAACGGGCGACGGACGCACCGCGCGGCCCCUAUCUCCCCCGGCCCCCGCCACCGCCCCGCCCUCGCGGCGGGAGCUCCGGGGCGCGAACCGCGGCACGGCCGCAGCCCGGGGGGAGAGCGCGCAGCGGCGGGCAGACGCCGCGGCGUCCCGCGGGUCGCCGCCGAGGCACGCGUCCCCGGGGCGCGGACGCGCACGCGGACCGGCCUCGGGCGCGAACCGCCCGCCCCGACGGGGCGAGAGCCGCGGGGGGCGUGGCCGGGAAGCGGGCACGGGCCGCGGACGCACGGCGGCCGGGGGAGGCACCGCGGGCGUGGGGGAGAGGGGGGCGCCGGCCGGGCGGACCGGAAGACGCGACCCCCACCCCCGCCACCCACCGCGGGGCCCCCGCCACCCCGUGGCGCGAGACCGUCCCCGACCCCCGACCCCCCCCCCGACGGCGGCAACACCCAGAGGCCGCUUGCGGCGCGAGGAGGCGCUCCCGGGGGGGGGGGAGACCGACCCCAGAAGGCCCGGCGGGCCAGGGGCCUCGGGGGACGGAGGGCCCGGCGGGCCCUGCGAGGACAGCCCCCAGCCGCGCACCCCGGAGGGGCGAUUGAUCGGCAAGCGACGCUCAGACAGGCGUAGCCCCGGGAGGAACCCGGGGCCGCAAUCGUACGAGCUGCGUCGAGCGUUUCGCUUCGGCGGGAGACCCGCCGCUGGCACGGCACACGUCCCGCCGCCGCCGGCUCCCUCCCGGAGGCGGGAGCUCGGUCGGCGGGGGUUGCCUCCGGCCGGCCGAGUCAGACGGAAAGCAGCACACCGGAGGGGCCGGGAGAGGUUUCACACGACGGGGCACCCGGCGCCCACGCGCCAGGGUGGGUGCGGGCACCCCACAGGCGCCCGGGGGGUUCCCGCCCUCCCCCGGGGACGCGGGAGGGGCGCGCGCACGCGCCGCACACGGCCACGGCCCACGCGACGACCGCCGGGUAGCCCCCUCCCGACGGCCGCGGCGGCCGUGACCGCGGCGCGCCACGCCGCGCGCCACCCCGGCCCCUCGGGGGACGGCGGAGUCCGGGGGAGACGGGAGGGGCCUCCCGACUCCCCGCGGGCCCGACCGCCCCGACCCCAAGGCGGACGGGCGACCCCCCCAGGGGUCUUUAAACCUCCGCGCCGGGACGCGCUAGGUACCUGGGAAGGGGGAGGCGGGCGAGGGGCACGGCGCGCCCCCGCCCCGACGCGGACCACCGACCGCCGCGUCCCCGCCCGCGGCCGCGCGCGCGCGCGGGCCUCGGCGCUGCCGGCCCGUGACACACGGGGGCCCCCGCCGCGCGCCGGUCGACCGCCGCCCGGAGGGCCCCGCCGGGCGCCGGACAGCCGGCCCCACCCGUCCCCCCGGGACGGGCAGAGCCCUUUCCCCACCGCCGCGCCCUCACACGCCGUCCCGUACGGGCCCGGCUCCGCCGGACCUCCCCCGGCCUCUCUCCCCCAACCACCGGGGUGGGGGGGCCCCCUGCCCGCGCCCGCGCUCCCGGGCACCCUUCCCCCAACCACCACCACCGAGGGCAGAGGGCAGGGGGCAGGGGCUCCGACGGGAAGCUUGGCGCCCAGCGGGCGGGGGGGGCGUCGAGAGGGCGGGAGAACCCGGACGGAGACACACGAGCCGCCGGGAGGCGUGGGGGGGUGGGGGCGGGGGCGGGACAGGGCCCCGAGGCCCGGAGGGGCGCGGGGAGGCGCCCGGCGACCGCGCGACGGGCCCAGAGCGGCGGGACGACCGACGACGACCGGCCGAGGCAGACCGGCCCAGGGCCGGCGGCGCGGGAGGCGACGGGGCGGGGCGAGCGGCCCCGCGACGGGGAAGCCGCCGCCCGUCCCGCCGCACAGCCCGCGAGACGCGACCGGAGGACCCGCGCCGCGCGGGGUCCGCGGCCGGGAGAGGCGGUCGUGGCCGGCGCCACGGGCGGUGGGGUGGGGGGAGGCGCACGGGGCCCCCCCCCGAACCCUCGGGCCCACCUCCAGGGACGUGCGGGAGGGCCGGGCGGGGAGAGGGACACACGCCGGAGGCGGCGACGCCGCCGCCGCCGGGCGCGAGGCGCGGCGGCGGGCGCCCCCCUCCCCAGACGCGUCUCCCUUCCCCCCUGCCCUUCCCCAUCCCGCGCCGCACGGGGGUGGCGGCGGAAGGCGAGGCUCGCGAGCCGGGCGGCGCCGCUCUCGGCACGCGACCUCCAUAGUCAAGUUCGACCGUCUUUCUCAGCGCUCCGCCAGGGCCGUGGGCCGACCCCGGCGGGGCCGAUCCGAGGGCCUCACUAAACCAUCCAAUCGUUUCAGCUUUGCAACCAUACUCCCCCCGGAACCCAAAGACUUUGGUUUCCCGGAAGCUGCCCGGCGGGUCAUGGGAAUAACGCCGCCGCAUCGCCAGUCGGCAUCGUUUAUGGUCGGAACUACGACG